ACUCAACGAACCCUUCGCCAUCUGCCAGAGCCCAGACAUCGCCACGCUCCUCACGCCCGCUUUUGCCUUUGAGACUCAAGUAUUUAGCCACCAUACCGCUCCCAUUUCUUGCCGGGUCUCACUCUCUGAUCGGCUGCUCAGAUCUAUCCCCUCAUCCAUCGGCUAGCCACCUACCCACGCCACAAUGUCUUCCCCGCGCGUGCCCGGAGGUGUCGUCUCCGUCUACAAGAAAUACACCGUCAACCCGGUCGGCAUCUGGGAGAAGAUCCGCCGCGCCUUUGCCGUCGACCCCAACCGCUCCUCCGGUGUUCCUCUCAACCCCACCUACCGUAACCCUGCCCCCGGAUCGGUCUCUGCAACUGCCUACACCGACCCCGUCACCAUGCCCGCCGCCGACAUCGCUGAGAAUCCUUACUGGAAGCGCGAUGUUCGCCGCAACUACCCCCGCCCCGCUGUGUUCAGGCAGAACGACAUUGCCGGUCUUUUGACCCUCGGAUCGGCGGCGGCUCCAAGGAUCGCGAAGGGUGAAGAGGGCGCGAAGCAGUUGGUUGCUAUCAAGAGCGAGAACGGCGCCCUUUCAAGGGUGCUGGAGCAGGUCAACGCGAAGGAGAUUCUCCAGGAGAACGGAUUGCCACCAUUGCCUGGGAAGCGGGUGAUCUUUAAGUCGGAUAUCCCGCAGGGCUACCCUUCUGAGUACCCCUGCAGGAGUUUCGCUUGAGUUAGGCAUUGAAGGUGGAGGUGGAGGUGGGGUCUUCGGUUUGUAGAUACCGUGUCAAUAGAGUUUCUGCGCAAAUACUGCAAAUACUCGGAAGGGGGAUGUUGCUGAGAGAAGGGAUGGCCCGCGGUCUUUGGUUCAAGGGCCGCAAUAUUGGUUCGAUUGAACGGACGGUCUUGUGCUGUGUCACUUUGUUCACACUUCUUCCACGCAGAUCACAAGCUACACAGUGAAAACCUCGCGAUUGCCAGUCAGUUCAUUGCUCCCAGUGCCCUGGCCACUGGCCUGUAACCUCAGGAUGGUCUUGGCGCGGCUAACUAGCUGACUUUAAGUUUGAACCCCAUAGAGAGUACUCGAAGACGGGUUUAAGUCGAAUGCCCAGACACGAUAGAAGAGGAGGUUAGGGAUAAUUGCUUUGUCUUUCAUUGUUUCUUUUUUUGAU